AUGAAUCAAACCACACCAAAUACAGAUCUAGAUGUACCAAGAAUAAGAGAAGUUAUUGAAAGAAGAUUCAGAAAACAUCACAUUAUCACAGAAACUCGUCCAAAUCUUCUAUUAGAACUGUAUCAAAGCACACCAAAUGUCGAAAAAAUGAACAUAAGGGAACAAUUCAAGACUAUACCAAGUGGGAUAUGUACCGAUGGUUACUUUCAGUGUGCUAACGAUACUUUAUGUGUUCAACAAAGUCAAAAUUGCGAUGGAGUUGCUGAUUGUCCUAACGGAAGCGAUGAAGAAGAAUGCGACGAUGAGCAUGAUGAUGAGUAUUGGGAUCAUCUUUAUAGAAAAAACCCAGCUGCAGAACAUGACGACUGGAAUGGAAACAAUUGUUCGUUCGUGUACUUCGGCCCUUGUAACUGUCGUAAAGAAGACUUACUUUGCGAUCAUCAGAAUUACGAUAAGGCGCCUAAUGAUCUUCCUAUCGGAGAUAUAAACAUAUUGGAUUUCACUGGUAAUAACUUUAAGAAUUUAUCAAGAGAUUCGCUGAAAAAUAUACCUUAUUCAGUAGAAAAGCUAAUUUUGGUGCAUUGCAACGUAAUUGAAAUCCAAGAGAAAUCGUUUUACAAACUGGAACACACCAAAAGCUUAUAUUUGGAUAACAAUCACAUCAAGAUCUUUCCAAAUAAUCUCUUUCCUCCAAGAAAUAAGUUGCACAUUUUAUCACUGAUGUACAAUGAUAUUAUGCGAAUCCAUAAAGAGGCUUUUGCAAAUUUGGAACAUCUUCUUGAGCUGGAUUUAAGAGGAAACAAGAUUUCAGAAAUUGAUUUACAAGUAUUCCAACAUUUAAACAGACUUGAAAUAUUGUACUUACAGAAUAAUCAAAUAGCAUACGUCAAAGUGGGGUCUUUUCCAAAAUUGUCGGUAUUUCAGUUAUCUUUAAUGGAAAAUAAAAUCAAGGACAUAGAACAAGGAGCGUUGUCAAAUUUAACACAAUUAAGGAGUUUAUUUCUAUCAAAUAACCGUUUAAGCGAACUGAAAAAUGGAACUUUUACAAACUUAACGGAACUAGAAGCACUAACCCUCAACAAUAAUUUCAUCAGAACCGUGGAAAAGGAAGUGUUUGUAGAUAUUCCGAAACUGCAAUCUCUACGUUUAGAAGGUAACCAAUUUAGAUGUUUGGACAAAAUAAUUUUAGAAAAAUGCCAUCAUUUACAAACCAUAUAUUUUGAUCGUUUUGAGAUGUGUUCAUCCGCGCAACACGUCAGAAAUUGUUACCCCAAAGGUGAUGGUAUCUCCAAUCAAGAACACAUGUUGGCAAACCCACUUCUACGAACUUGUGUUUGGUUAAUGGGAGCAAUAGGAUGCACUGGUAAUCUCAUUGUUCUGCUCUGUCGACGAUUUGCACCAACAACUAACGUAAUUCAUUCCCUCUACAUCAGAAAUCUGGCUCUUUCUGAUUUAUUGAUGGGAAUCUACUUGUUUAUAAUAGCUUCUGAAGAUCAACAUUAUCGGGGUGUUUAUCUUAGUUACCAGUACAUUUGGAGGCAUAGUUAUAUGUGUAAACUUUGUGGUUUCCUCAGCACAUUAUCAUGCGAGUCAUCAGUUUUGAUUCUGACGUUGGUCACUUGGGACAGAUUUGUAUCAGUGACACAACCGUUGCUAAGGAAACAACAUUCGAAAAGAAUGGCAAUUAUAACUCUUUUCACGCUAUGGAGCUUUGCUAUGAUCGUCGCGUUCGCCCCGCUUAGCGGUUUUAUGAACGGAUACUUUGGUGAUGAAUUUUAUGGAAACAACGGAGUUUGUUUGUCCUUACACAUCCACGAACCUUAUGCAAUGGGAUGGCAAUACUCCGCAGUGAUGUUCAUUCUACUGAACACUUUGGCAUUAAUAUUUAUUUGCUACGCUUAUCUUCGAAUGAUUAAUGAAAUCAAAUCUAGCGGUGUAGCUUGUAGAUCGACGAGACAAAGUCAGGACACCGAUAAAGUCGCUCAACGAUUUGGCAUCAUUGUUUUUACAGAUUGUUUAUGUUGGGUUCCCGUUGUGUUGGUGAAAUUAGUCGCCUUAUCAGGGAUAUCCAUACCUCAAGAUUUAUAUGCUUGGUUGGCCAUCUUCGUACUUCCGAUCAAUUCAGCAUUGAAUCCAGUUCUUUAUACUUUAACUACUAGUAUAUUUAAGAAACAAAUACGAAAAAUGUUAAAUUCUUGUUGUCGAAGAAAAUCUGACAACCCCGCAUCAGAAUCUGGUUUGAGUCUCAGCUUCGGAGUGUUUCCAAUACCGAAAAAACAUUUUAGUUACCGGGGUACUCACAGCAGUAGCUUAACGGGAAGUAAAACCAGCUGGAGGAGAUCAACACCCGUAUGAUAGAUUGUUUUCGAUCUACAUAAACAAUAAUCAAAAAACAACUGAUCCAAAAAGUAUGAAUGCAAACCAAAUUGACCUCGUGAAACAAUCAAAAUUCCUUGAAUAUCUACCGUAUAUUCCACAAUGAGAAUAACCUAGUGCUCAAUAAGUUUUAGAAAAUAUUGACAUUUUCCAAAGUUUUCACUUAGUUAGGUUAUUCUUCUUCUAUUCCGGUGACAUGCGAAAAUCAAACGUCUGUAGAUGGCGUCUUUAGUUUGUUAUGUGUUUAUAGUGAUUUUGGUAGAAUUUUCUCUAUUUUUAAAAUUCCCGUUAUCUCCUAAACGUGUUUGUGUGGUUAGAACAAAAUGUAUAAGAAUCGGUCUAACAAAGACGAAAAUUGAAAUAACCAUUUUCACACAUCAUGGAAUAUGUUGGGAGUCAGAAGCAGAACAUUAAAAGAAGGUGAAUUGAAAAGUCAAACAAAACGUGAAAAGUCAAAACAAAGCUAACUUUCGAGAUUCGGAGCAAAGAGAUCUUACUCAGAGUGUUUAAAAAUUUAUAUAACCGAACGCGAACUAAGCAGUGAGAUCGAAAUAAAGUGUAUUGCCGAACGAUACCGAACAGUCAGAGUCAUCAGAUUUACAUACCACAUAGUAUAAAUGAUCGGGCAACUAUUAUUUUGGCAAUUUUCUAGAUAAGCGUAGAAUAUACGGUAAUAUUAGACAAAAUUAGAUUGGCCGAAAAAAUGAUGUCAGAAAAAGGAAGUUAUAAAAAUUGUUACAAGUUUAGUUUUGUUAACCUUGAUAUAUGUAACGUAAACUGAGAUUGAAUUUCUCGUGAAUUGUAAUAGGUGAACAUUUAUUAAACUCAUCAAAAUGUAGCUGUGUAAUAAAUCGAUUUAAACGGUACCGUUGUCAAAUACCAGCUUUUUUACACAAUGUCUAUAUUUAUUAAAAUUGUUCGUAUCAAUUCUGUGCUAAAACUAAACUGCUUUUGUAAAUAAAGCUGCGUUUUGGUGGUAGUUACACACAUUCCUAUAAUAGAAAGUUAACUGCAAUUUUCUGUUUAAUAACGAGCUUUAAUUCUUCUUUCGGUUCUAAAUUAUUAUCGGUGUCAUGAGGUUAUUUCACAUGUGUUCCAAAGUAUACAUCGGUGGUAAUGAGGUUAUCUAUUGUAACUAUACUAUUUGUUUGUAACGUUUAUGCUUCCAACAUAAAUAUAUGUAAAGAAACUGAUCUACUUAAAAUGGCGGCUGUAAGGUAAGCAAUCGAUUUUCUCGUAUGUACUCGUGUAAAAUUUGUUUCCUUAUCUCCGGUAGUGAGAUUUGUUUAUUACUUUUUUUAUUUAUAAUAUCUAGAGGACUAUGCAAAUAGUGUUUAGAUUUAUUUCAGUGAUACUAAUCGAGCUGAAACUGACUAUUAAGCUUUUUAGUCAGUGUGCAAGUAAGCCACAUUUUCGAGACAAAUUUGGCACUUCUUUAAGAAGUCAUUUUUCAAUAAAAUUGAGAAUAAAAAGGUCUAAAAUCCAACUUUACGAUCCCCCCAAAAACCUGCUACAAAAGCAUUUCAUUACCCCACGGCGGCCAUUUUUAUGUAAGCGUCAACUGAUUUUGAUAAUUCUUUAGAUUGCUCAAGGUAUUGGAGUUUAUUAUAGUAGGCUCGAACUGCUAAAAGACAAAGAAAGAGCAUUGGUAGUCCACUCUCUGUACUGUAGUUAGUAACGAGAGCAAGUUUCAAUAGUUAUACAUCAUGACUCCGAAUAAUAUUUAACAGUGUAAAAUAAAGUCCAUUUGUUAUUUAUAACUUGAAUAUAUGGUGGACAGCAUUUUCUGUUAUGUAUACAUCGUGUUGUACUUUUCACCUUUAUUAAUAAUUGUAUGUAUAAUUAAAUUUUGGUGUGUUUGGAAUACCAUUUGCUGGAUAUCUAUAUUGAAGGUAAAUUUUUUAUUCACAUUUAUUCAAAAUUGUUUUAGCUUAACGUGGUUUAUUAACAAUCGCUUGUUUGACGUUUCAAAUAAAUAAUUAGUAGAAUUUUAUUUUAUUUGUAAUUUUUGUAUUGUAAUUACAAAAAACGUAUUAGGCCAUAAUGGCUAUUUGGUAAAUACUGUGUAUACAUUUUUAUUUUCAAAAUAUAGAUGUUUUU